AUGAGUCACCAUGUGGUAGGCUUCAGUGAUUUCGCGACAUCGCCUUGUCGUUCGAAUGCUUAUGAGUUUCCAAUAAUUUUUGCAGUCAUCGUGACUGCACCCUGUCUCGCAAGCCAAAAGCCGACACCGAAUUGGGCAUCGCUUUUAUAUUAUUACAGGGAGAACGGGGCCUUUAGCCGUACAGGAAGUGCGAAACAGAGAGAAAGUAAAGAGGAAACAAGAGAUACAAAUACAGAUACAAGUACAAGUACAGAGCAGGUGGAGGACAAGAACUACUGGCGGAAAGUCGAGGAAGGACUUAGUGGUGCAGUCGCGACAGCGAAAGGUAGAGAAAAACGUGCCGAAAGCGAUGAAGGGCUAUCGCCGACGUUGUUCAGACGCCCGGUAGUCGUUCAACUCGCCAUUGCAUCGGAGGACACUGUCGGGUUGCUGAUAUGCAUCUCGGAAGACUCGGAUAAAUGGCGGAUAGCGUUGGAGAGGCAAUAUAUAGCAGGGAGCAGACGCUCCGCUGACCAUGGUCGAUUUCAAAGUCUGUGGACACAUUACCGACACCCGGACUAA